AUGGAGAAUUCCCUCAGAGUCUUAAAAGAAGAGCUCGACAACAGGGACCUCCAAAUAGAAAGAUUGUUAAAUGAGGAAAGAAAAUUAAUAUCUGAAAAAGAGGACCUAGAAGAGAAGCUAGACAUCGCUCUAAAUCACGGGAAUGAACUGAACAGCUUGCUGGAGGAAGCAGAUGAGAAGGCCAAAAAAAUUGCUAAUGAAUUAGAGGAAGAGGUCCAGAAAAGGGAGACCCAAAUACGCCAUUUGUUAGGCCAAGGAGAAAGACUCAAGGAAGAACUGCAGCAACUUGGAAAAGAAUGUGAAAGGUUGACAGAAAAGUGCAGGAUACAGGAGGAACAUGAGGUGACGCAAGAACAACGUUUCAGAGAGUGUCUAAAGAGACAGGAAGAGGCUUUGAGGCAACAGGAUAAAUACCUGUUGAUGACACUUCUCCAUGGGACAGCUCAGAGGAAUUUCCACCUGCAAAUUACACAGGAUGGAAAUGAAGUUGUGGACCAAAACAGGGAAAUGGAGAAGGAAGAUGAAGGACAAGAAGAGGACCUGUCUGACCUCUUGCAAAUGAGGAAGGAGACCCAGCACAGGAACUACUGUGAAGCCCAACGUGAGAGGACCCAACUAUGGGCGGCAGUGGGAGGUCCUAACUCAGACUUUGAAGAUGUCGUGCAUGGAAAAUGA